AAGUGCUAUAUUUACCCAUUAAGAUAGAUCCUUAGCUUUGGGAAUACACUGAACUGAUAAAGUGGAAUCAAGCAUUACAGCUGAAGCAAGAACAGAAAGCACAGAAAUGGAGGAUUCCACACGUCGUCCCAAUCUCACUAAACCAAUUCGCUGCAUCGUUAAACUUGGCGGUGCUGCAAUUACUUGUAAGAAUGAGCUAGAGAAGGUAAAUGAAGAAAAUCUUGAGAUUGUAUCCUCACAGCUUAGGCAAGUUAUGAUUACUGGAUCUGGCUCCCAAAAGGUUGUUGGGAUGGAUUGGAGCAAGAGACCCGGAAAACCCGAAAUUUCCUGUGAUGUGGCUAAUUUUGAAAAUCAAACUUUAUUGGAUUCUAGCAGUUUUGUUGUUGUUCAUGGAGCAGGUUCUUUUGGGCACUUUCAGGCUAGCAAAUCAGGGGUUCAUAAGGGAGGACUGCACAAACCGCUAGUCAGGGCUGGUUUUGUUGCCACGCGCAUUUCUGUGACCACUCUCAAUCUUGAAAUUGUUCGAGUACUAGCUAGAGAGGGUAUUCCUUCUGUUGGAAUGUCUCCAUUUUCAUGUGGAUGGUCAACCUCAGAUAGAAAGAUGACAUCAGCUGAUUUGUCACUGGUGACAAAGGCAAUUGACUCUGGAUUUGUACCUGUUCUACAUGGAGAUGCUGUACUCGAUGAGUUACAGGAAUGCACCAUAUUGAGUGGUGAUGUCAUUAUACGCCAUCUUGCAGCCUACUUGAAACCUGAAUAUGUUGUUUUUCUUACAGAUGUUUUGGGUGUUUAUGACCGUCCACCUUCAGAACCUGAUGCAGUACUCUUGAGGGAAAUUGCUGUGAAUGAGGACGGAAGCUGGUCUGUUGUGAAGCCAGCACUACACAACAUGAAUAAGCAAGUUGAGAUAACUGUAGCAGCCCAUGAUACAACUGGGGGGAUGGUGACCAAGAUAUCAGAAGCUGCAAUGAUAGCUAAACUUGGCAUUGAUGUCUACAUUGUGAAGGCAGCAACAAGCCACUCAUUGAGGGCCUUAUGUGGAGAAGUGAGAGGCACUAUUCCUGAUGAUUGGCUUGGGACAAUAAUCAGAUUUGUUGAUAAGGAAAUUGCUAGUACUUGAUGAAUGUUGGAAGUAUUCCAAAUUAGGUAUGAAUGUCACAGAAUAACCUCUCAUAAAGGACUACAGGGCUUGGAGACUAUACAAGCAAUGCAUGUACACAGUAUCUGAUUUGACACAUUCACUCACUGAUGAAUCUAUAAUAAUGAUAGUGUCCCUCAGUAUCAUUAACAGUUACCUCUCAAUGUCACACAGAAAGGAGUUGAAUUUA